CGCAGGUACAGGUAUUCGGUACAGGUUUUACCGCUAAAUAAAAUAAAUUUAUUAUCAAGCGAGCAAAGUGCGAGCGAAGCGAGCAAACUUUCGGAUCUGCAGCGCUCCUCGAAAAACGCAUAUACCUACAUGCCUACCAUACAGCUAAAUGAAAGGAGGAGAUUACGUUUCCAGCGCGUCCAUCAGUCGAAGAACAUGUCUCCGCUGCCCGAGCCCCAGUCGGCGGCCAUUCAGGCCGGCUCCGGUGUGCCCGUCAUGUCCAUGCUGUUUCUGCUCACCUCGCAGCUGCUCAACUCGCAGCAGCGGAGGGCGAAGCGCGAUGUCUCGGAGGAGGGCGACGGACGUCAGGGCAGCACCAGCCAGCUGCUGCAGGUGCUGAACAUGUUCCAGAACAUGGACCAGUUCAUCGGCCGCGAUCCGGACGACAUGUACGAGAUGCUCUGGGCGGUGGACAAGGAGUCCGGCUGUGCGCUGAAGCUGACCUGCACCCUGGCAGCGCUGCCCAAACACAAGGCUAGGCCAGAGGACAUGCUCCUGCUUCGUAUGUUCGGGAAGCGUCCGUUCACCGUGCGUAACGAGGAACUGGAGAAGCCCUCCGGCAUCUACAAGUAUGCCGCCUUCAUGGGCGCCAAGUCGCUGAACCAGCAGACGUGUGACGCCCUGUUCAAGGCGUGUCCGAUGCCCGGUGACCAGAUGGUCUCGGUGUGGCGCUCAGUGGUCGAACUCGUGCCUUCCAUGCUCAACACCAUCAAGCCCGGCAAGUUGGGCAAGUAGGCCGGUCGAUGGAGCGGCAGCUGGGGUGGGGAGGGAGGAGUUGGGGAGGGGAGGGGGAGCGGCACCGCUCGUCAAUGACGUACCGAGUGCGGCAAGAGCCCCGCGGGCGAGAGGGCUGCAGAAAGUGAGCGGGAAGGACGGAGAGAGGAAUGUGGGAGACAGAGGGGUGCGGGGGAGGGAGAGAGAACGAGAGACGGUUGGGAAGAGGGUGCGCCGCGGCAGAGUGGCCCUGGUUGGCGGAGAGAGAGGUCCGAGGGACGAUGGAGAGGGCGUUGCACAACACAGGGGUUACUCAGCACGGGCCGGAGAGAGGGUCGAAGCCGGCCAACCGUGCAGUUCCGGUGCCCGGCGGGGCGGCGGACAAGUCUCACUGGUUAGAACGCACCUGAGAAGGGUGACCGUCUCACGGAGAGGCACAAACGCGCGUUAUGAGCUCAGCGAAUCAGUCACCGCUUGUUUUGUGACAGCGGCAAACUGUUCCAUUGCCACUGUUGCUGUAAUUGUUGCAUUUUCACAGCUGUUAUCAAUUGUUAUGUUUGACCGAAGGAAUAAGUGUGAAUUGUUUAGUCGUCGAUAACAAUGACGUUAAUGUAAGUCAACAACGUGCGUAUGCUGACUUUUGCACUGUAUACCGGCACGUGAAUACAUGUGAAUAAAAAUA